AUGUCUGAUUCAAAGCACGAAUUCGUCGACAAGACCAGCAAUGGCGAGGAACAAGCUGCAACUGGCGAGAAGCACCAGACUCAGCAUGACUCUCCUGAUGCGAAGCGCACCAAGAAAGAGGCUGGACAGACGACUCUUGAUGAUGUGGUGAUCAUUUCGGAUGACUCGAAGGAUAAUGAUAGCGUUGCGGAAAAGGAGGAGGAUGAGCCCAAGUCAAAGUCUGAUGCCAAGCAGGAAACCAAUGGCAAAGAAUCGAAGUCAGAGGACAAACAGAAGACUGAAGGCAAGGACUCCGAGACAAAUGAAAAGCAGGGAACCAACGGCAAAGAUGCUGUCCAGCCUUCUGAGGAAGCUGAUGUCCCUUCAAGCAUCCUCGAAAAGGGCAUCAUCUACUUCUUCAUCCGCGGUCGCGUAAAUCUUGAAGACCCUGAGAGCGUUGAUGACAUCGCUCGUUCCUUCAUCAUGCUCCGACCCAUCGCAAAAGAUGCCCGUCUCGGCGACGGUCCCAUUGCUGACUCCGGAAACACUCGCAUACUUGCUCUUCCCAAGAAGACCCUUCCCGAGAGUGGAAAAGAGCGCUACAUGGUAUUCGUCGAAAAGUCUGGAGCCUCAUAUGAUGAGAUCAAGAACUCCUUCUUGUCCGCAGACAAGUAUGAAACCAAGACAGCUGGUACACGCCGUACACCACCUGCUAAGCCUGUUGGCGAGGGCGUGUAUGCCAUCACGUCGACUGGUCGAGAGAGUCAUUUGGCUUAUUUGACGACGCUGCCUGAGAAGCUUGAGGAGGUUCAGAAGGAAUUGGGACUGAAGGAGAAGGGGAGCUUCAUCAUCAGCACCAAGAACCCUCAGUAUCCGGGACCUCAGAAUGCUCAGUUGCCUCAGGGACCUGACUUUCCCAAAGAAAUCAUCGAUGAGUUCCGCUCUCUGCGCUGGCUUCCCUCCAAGCCAUCCCACUUUGACUACCCUAACGCCCAGAUCCUUCUCAUUGGUGAAUCAGAUGGUAUUGAGAAGGCUGUUGAGCCUCAGAAGAAGGAUCAGAAGGACGGAAAGGAGGAGCCAGAGACGGUGCUUGAGCAUCUUGAGGAUGACGAUGUGAAGCGCAUGAAGCAUCUUGCCGAUGACCAGUCUGCAGCUAUCUACGCGGACUUGCAUGUCCAGGCUAAGGAUUAUCCUAAGAUGCAGACGACCUUUUAA